AGUUGCUAAUCGAAUGAGCUCAAGGAAUUGGGAUGGAAGCAGAUGAGAGCUCAGGAGUGGUUGGUUCAGGAACGAGGACUUGCAGCAAUGAACAGUCUUUUGACUCCAGAGAAAGUAUAGAACGUCUUCUUCUAGACCUACCAGGUCCAGAUGAAGGUUUUCUGUUGGCCACCUUAGAGGCUUCCACAAAGUCACUGCGACGUCCCUCAGGACUUCAAUCUCUCGAUUUCUCAAGACUUAAAACGGACGAGGACGAAGAGAUUGAGGAGGAAGUCGUGAACCCUAAACUAUUAGACGACAAAUGCGAUGCGGAACGAGUGGAAGAAAACGAGGGAAAGAAGGAGGAGGCCUCGAGGACCUCAGACGUGUCCAGCCACAGCGAGUCUUCUAGUCGACGUCGACGAAGAAGAAGAAGUAGGAGUUUUCUUAAUAGUCCCCGAGCAGGAGGUACCUCAGUUAAUUUGGCAAGGGAUUUAGAACUCUUGCACGUAGCCCAGGAGGAGUCAGUGAACCAACCCGCAUACAAUAGCUCUCAUAACAUUGUGAAUUCAAUACUGAAGUUAUUUUGUCUUGUAUCCUGCACGGCUCCUUCUGAGUUAAAUGACCCUAAUAAUAUUGGAGGGAAGGCUACAAACAAUAGCGGAAGAAGCCCUUACUCAGAUAUGAGGAGGGACCACGAGUCUUUAAAGUUGAGUAGCAAACGAGGUUCGCAGAACAAUACUGAGGACGCACAAGCUAUUAAGAUAUCGAUAAAGAAGCAUCUUAUAGCAUCCUCUGUAGAUAAGGAUGACGACAACACUGGAAAGCUAGAGAAGGGUUUGACGAGACUUGCUUCACUUCCAUUACUCAAGCGAAGGUCGUCCACAUUACUUCCUAUACAAAGUGAAAGGAUGAAAGGAAGGAAAACACUGGUUUUAGAUUUAGAUGAAACUCUUGUUCACAGCAGUUUUGAUGACUCCAAGCAUGAGUCGGAUUUUACUCUUAAUUUGGACAUCAGUAACAUAUCAAUGACACUUUUUGUGAAGAAACGUCCAUGGUGCGACGAGUUUUUACAGAAAGUUUCCCAAAUAUUUGAAAUUAUCAUCUUCACAGCAUCUUUACCAGCCUAUGCUGACCCAGUCAUUGACAUGCUUUGUGACUCAGCAAAUAUAGAGCCUUUGCCUUCAUCGCAUCGUUUAUUUCGUGACAGCUGUGAAUAUGAUACUGUACAGUCCGGCUAUGUAAAGAAAUUGUCAAGCUUGGGUCGAGAUCUUUCCAAGACUAUUAUUGUAGAUAAUUCACCAGCCGCGUAUGUGUAUAAUAUCGAUAAUGCCAUUCCAAUAGAGUCCUUUGUUGAUGAUAUGAAUGAUAAUGAGUUGUUAAAUAUCUUGCCGUGGCUGUUGUCUCUUAAUGUUGCAGAUGACGUUCGGGAAAAAAUUCGUCAACGAAGAGAAUUUUUGAAACAACCAGGCAUCGGUAGAAAGAAUGGGCAAGUGCAAAAACUUUGAGUAAAUUUAUGUCUUUUAUUUGUGUCAUCAAAA